CCGGUUUGCAGUACCUCGUUGAUCACUGCGUCGUUGACACAAACUUAGCAACAGUAAACAAAGAACAACACAUUCAAAAAUGCCAGAAACCAAAUUCGAUAUUGGGAUGACCUGGUACGUUGCCUAGGGGUAAAAGAAAAAGUGGCAGGGAUCCGGGUCUCCGCUCACGCUGGUCGAUAUCGCCAUUCUUUUCUGGAAGCGAAUGACGCGGCGGCGUAUUUCGUCUCACUUACAAAAGUUGUUUUCAUGUCUUUUGUGUUCRCACUGUUUUUUGGCAGCGAUGGCUGCGCCAAUGCAGUGAAGCGAAUCCUCAUGAAGAUGGAUGGUGUCACCGACAUUGUCACGGAUGUUGAAGCCAAGAGCGCAGUAGUGACACACGACGAAAGCGUUCCACCCUCGCUGAUGCUCGAAAAACUCCUGAAGGUACGAAAAACAAAAUCCCUCUUUUUGUUUGGCAACCACUUUAAAAUAUCAAUGCGCUGGGAUCAGUGGAUUGGAGAAAUCGUGAUCUCAACGUGAUCUGAUUUGCUGUUGUUGCCGUGAAAUCUUGAAUUGCAAUUAUGUCUCAAACCAUGAUCAAAUCAUCGUGAAGUGGUCGAGUGCGUCUGGAAAAUCCGUUGCUCUCGCCGCAUAAAGGAUGGUGCUUUUGCUCCUUUUUUGCCAUAUAUUGGCUUAUUGGGUAAUUUGUUACAGUAAGGUGCCCAAAUGAAACUCAUCUACGCGC